AUGGCUUUCCGCUUGGCCCUGACCUGUUUUCUACUGGCUAGCGUUGGCAUCUGCUCCGCGACUUUUGGCCAUGAACACGUUCAUAUUCGAGUACACAUACCGGAAGAGCAUCAUUCAUCAAAAGAAGUCAUAGUUCACGAGCAUCACAAUGACCACGGACAUGGAGGCGGCGGUGGCUACGGUGGUAGCCACGGUAGUAGCUUCGCAGAUCACUUACAUGGCGGUUUUAUAGACCACUUAAAAGGACAUGACCACGGAGGUCACGGAGGCUUUGGAGGAGGUGGUUUCGGGGGUGGUUUUGGAGGUGGAUUUGGCGGCGGUCAUGGCCAUGGCCAUAGUAUUUCCAUUGGCGGUGGAUAUGGCGGCGGUGGACAUGAUUUUGGAGGUGAUCACGGCCACGGAGACAUUGGAAUCGGUGGCAUUGGAGGCGGCCAUAGUGGUGGAUUUGAAGGACAUGACAUUGGCGGUGGCCACGGGAGUGGUGGAUUUGGAGGACAUGACUUUGGUGGUGGCCACUUAGGUAGCAGUCUUGGAGGACACGAUUUAGGAGGUGGUCACGGAGGCAGUUUUGAUUUUGGAGGGGAUCAUAGCGGCGGGAUUGGUCAUGGAAUUGGACAUGGUGAUAUCGGCGCUGGAUUCGGAGGUGGCUUUGGAGGUGGCCAUGGCGGUGGUCUAAGUAGCAGCUUCGGUGGAGGCCACGAUAGCCAUGACUUAGGUGGCCACGUAGGUGGAUUCGGUGGUGGUCUUGAAGUACACGAUCAUCACAGCGGCGGAGGAUUUUCGGGAGGAAUAAGUGGGGGAUUUUCAUCUGGUGGCCACGAUAGCUUCAAUGGUGGUGGCGGCUAUGGCCUUUCGUCUGGAGGAUCUGGUGGACUUGGUGAAUAUGGCCAUAGCAGUAGUCAUGAUAGUUACAGUAUUGGUGGUCAUGGAGGAGGAGGUCACGAUAGUUACUCAGUUACAACAAGUCAUGAGUCUUUUGGUAGCGGAGGCCACGGUAGCCUCGGUGGAGAUAGUUACAGCGGUGGAGGCCACGGAUUCGGCGGAAGCCACGGCGGCGAUAGUUUUAGCAUUGGCCACGGGAGGGGGCUAGGCGGGGGUGGUCACGGGGGUGGAAUAUCCUCAAUAAGCUUGACCGACAUCGGCACCCAUGGUGGAGGACACGGAGGUGGACACGACUUUGGCGGUGACAGUUACACAAAUGCCAUUGGCUCAGGCCACGGUGGCGGCCCAUACCAUAAAAGGAAAUAA